AUGGACAUUUUGACUUAUGGUUAAAAGGAAUUAAAGGAUAUAAUAAAUCAAUUAGAAGAAUAACUAAGGACUGUACUUGACCCUUAUUAACCAAUAGAAAAAUAUAUAUAACCAAAACAUUUACCAAAAUCAGAAACAAAAUUAGAUGAAUCUGAAGUGCAUCAUCAUCAAAAAAAAUAAAGAGUUGAUAAAAAUAAAUGUAGAAAGUGUAAAUUAUCUACUAUUCCUACUAUUUUAAAUCUAUUAUAACAAAAGGAUUGCACUGAUGUUAAUUCUUGUAUUACUAUGAAAUCUAUUAGAUAAUAAAUGGCAUAACAAUCUAAUAAAAAAAAUGAAUAAUAAGAUUCUAAAAUUCCAUACAUAUCCUUUGAUUAUUCACAUUCGAUCAUUAUUUGUAAAAGAUGUAGAUUCAAAUUUCAUUCUGAAUGCAUAUCAUUUAAAGGAUCUUCAAAUGAAUGGUUGUGUGAUUAUUGUUUAAAUAGAAUAGAAGAAUUAAAACAUUUAAAUUUAUGGGAUUAUAAAAAUAACAAAUAGUUAAAACAAUUAUCAAAUUUAACAUCAGAACAGAAAAAGAUUAACCUAAAGAUUCUAGAAAGAAUACAAAAAAAGAAAACUAUUUUUACAAUUUUUAAAUUGUUGCCUUCUCCGAUUUUAAAAAUUAAUUAGAUAACUGAAUUUUUAUAAAGAUUUCCUUUGUAUAAAUCUUCUACAGAUAAUAUUAAUUAUCCUGUUUCAGAAGUCUUAGCUGCAAAUUAUCCAAAAGUUUUGACAAUAUAACAAAAACCUAAACCAUAAAUUAUUAAAUUUAACAUGAUUGAAGAAAUUCUAUGGAUUCAAACAUUUUAUCAAAUUAUGAUUCCUAAUUAUAAAGCACCUGAAAAUGUAAAUCAACAAUAUAUUGAAAAACACUUCUAUGAUAUUGUAAUAAAUAUCAUCAUUGAAUAUUUUGAUGAAAUCAUUUCAUAAGAUGAUAUAAAAUUUUACAAUUAUUGUAAUUAGGCAAAUGCAUAUACAGCUUCGUAUUUAUUUUUAAUGAAUUAUUUAAUAACUGAUUGUAAAAUUUAAACUUAAGAUUUAAUAAAAAAAACAUGGAAGGAGUGUGUUCUAUAAAUUGAUUAAGUAAUAAAUUAUAAUAGUGAUUCAAAAAUAAAUUUCAUUGAUUUUAGUACUUUAUAAUUUUAAGAUUAAAUCCGAAUAUUGAAAAUCUUAUGUGAAGGACUUUAUGAUCUUGAUAAAAUGUAAGAAUUGAUAAAAUUUAAAGAAUCUUCAUUAAGCAAAGUUAGCUAAAAUAAUUUCUUUUUAAAUUAAUAAAAAAAUUAUAAAACUUUUUUUCAAUAAAAUUUGUCGAUAUCAAUCAAUGGUGGAACUUAUUUGGGUUAAGAUGCUUUUUCUUAGUAAUACUUUUACUUUACUUUUUAUCCCAGUACAAUUUUUGUAGAAACUAAAUAAGGAUGGGGUCAAUAUACAAUUUCAGAUUUAUCUGAAUUGAUGAAUUCUUUAAAUUAAUAAGGUGUUAAUGAAUUAGAUUUAUUUAAAAAUUUAGAACUUAUUUAAUAGAUAUAGUUAUUAGAUUUAUCAACUCAAAUCUAACAAAAAAAUAUAUAAUAGUCAAGUAUAGAUUUAUUUAUAUUUAGAAUAGUAAUAUAUUUUAGACAUUUAAGAGGUUAUUGAGAAGUUUAUAUGUAUUGAAAAAUCCUAUUCCUAAUUCUUAUAAAAGAAAAAUCUAUAUUGGAUUGAUGAUCAUGAAAAGAUAAUUUUCUUCAAUUUACUAAAAAAUUAAGAUGAUACAUAAUUUAUCCUUUGUGCUUUAAAAUAAAUGUUAGAAGGAUUAAUUAUUCCAAAAUCUAAAAAUGGAGUUUAAGUUAAACCAUUUAAAUUGUUCAAAUAUCAUUUUGAAUUAAUUAAUUAAUUAGCCAUAUAUGUUGACAAUGCUAGUUCUUUAUCAAAUAUUUACAUAUCUUUAUUAGUUUUAGAAUUUAUAUUAAAUGAUAAAGAAUAAUAUUUAAAACAAAAAGAAUAAAUGAAAAUUAUGAUAGAGAAGGCAAAAAAUAAAAAAAUAAUUAAAGAAGCAUAAAAAAAAAACAAAAAAAUUGAAAAAUAAAUUAGAGAAAAAGAAUAAGAAAAGGAAAGUAUAAAAAGAAAUUAAAAUAAAAAACGUGAAAUAAUAAAGAAUCAAAAGUAAGAGAUUAAUUUUUAUUUUAAUAGAGAAAAGGAACCAAGUAUAAAUAAAAAUUAAAAAAAGAUUUUUUGUUUUUAAUGUUUAAAAGGAUUUUUUAAUUAAGAGGCAAAAAUUGAAUGCGGUAAGUGCAAAAAAAUAUUUCAUAAAGAGUGUUUAAAAAAAAACAGAAGAUUUUGUUAGCAAUGUUUUAAAAAUAGUAGCAAAAGGAAAUAAUUGAAAUUUUGA